GCCAGAGCUAGAGACCACAGCUCCUGCCCUCAGAGACGUUUACUGAGGGACUGGGUCACCCCGGAGAGACAGACAGCCCCUGCCCUGUCACCCUGUUGCAUUUAAGAUGGGCUCGGGUUCCAUACACUGAAGGCAGGCAGCGCUCACGAUAAGGGAGACGUAACGGCAGGUCUGCGGGGACAUCAGAUACAGCAGGGCUUGUCACAUAAUGCCUGGGGCCUUGCAAACAAAGGGUUCCUAAAGACAGCGGCUCUGUGACAUCUGCCUUCAGACAGCCUCCGGGGCUACUUUAUCUGCCCUGAAGAAGACAAAGGACUCGGCAGUCACCCUGAGACACCAACGGAGAUGUGGCUGCCCUUUAAGAUUUCAUUGAUGGAAUCCUCCGAGUGAUGCUGCAACGACUACCUAUAUAGACACCCUAUAGAGAGAUCGUGGAGCAAAGGAGCGGCGUGGAUACCUGGGGCAGGUGCUUUACAGAAACAUGGGACAUGAAUUAUAAUCUGCUGAGACAGAAGCUGUAAAGCGAAGCCCUUAUCCAAAGCAUCGUCUAAACAGGAAGCCACGAUCUGUAGACGAUCCCUCGUAAAAUCUGUAACCUACCUCGCAGCUUGUAGUUCCUUGGUGUUUUUAAAAUAUGAAAGUCAACAAACCUAUUACUCUGUGUAUUGGGGUUUGAAACCGAAAAACGGUCGUUUGAGGAAGAGCCAGCCGAAGACCAGAUCUUUAUCCAGCCUCUUCGUGGAAGUCUGUAGCUGGCAGAAGCCGAUAUAACUUAUCGCAUAAGAAUCAUCGAGAGCCUGUGGACCCCGCGACUCUGAUUCCAGAAUGGUUGUGUUUAGACAGCUGGGACUUCUCCUGUGGAAGAACUACACCCUCCAGAAACGCCAGGUGCUGGUGACCGUGAUUGAGUUGGCUUUGCCGCUCCUCUUUUCUGCCAUCUUGAUUGCACUGCGCCAAAGGGUCCCGUCGGUGACGCAUCCCAAUGCGACCGUAUACAAAGAGAUGGCCUUCCCCUCCAUGCCCUCCUUUUUCUACAAUUUUGGUCCUUGGGAACUGGCUUAUGUGCCUUCCCACAGCGAUGCCGUCCGUGACAUUGCCUUAGCUGUGGGGAGAGACCUCCAUAUUGACAUCAAUGCUAGUGGAUUUCCCACAGAAGCUGAUUUUGAGAAGUUCAUCAGACACGACAACCGGUCCGGCAAUUUUUUGGCUGCUUUGGUGUUUGAGAACAGCUUUAACCAAAGUGCUGAUCGUCUGCCACUCCAGGUCAGUUACAAGCUGCGCUUCAAGUACAGUCCACGGAACGCACCGUUAAGCGAGCGAACUGGGCUGAACCCAAAUGUGGAUCGGAACUGGCACACAAGAUACCUCUUUCCGCUGUUCCAGCUGCCAGGACCACGUGAAGCAAAAGACGAUACCGGAGGAAAUCCUGGUUACCAGCGUGAGGGCUUCCUUGCCGUACAGCAUGCAGUGAAUCGCGCCAUCAUCAGCCACCACGCCAAUGACAGUGCUCGCGCGCUUCUGGACACCGUUGAUGUGUCCAUGCGUCGUUUUCCCUUCCCUCCCUAUGUCAGUGACCUGUUUAUCCUGGCUAUACAGAACCAGCUGCCCCUGCUGGUGAUGCUGAGCUUCACGUACACCUCGCUGAGUAUCGUGCGCGCCCUGGUACUCGAGAAGGAAAGGAAACUGAAGGAGUACAUGCGCGUCAUGGGCCUCAGUUCCUGGCUUCACUCAUCCGCUUGGUUCAUUCAUUUCUUCCUCCUGCUCUGCGUGUCUGUGUUCUUUGUCACUUUGCUGCUCUGCGUCCAGGUAAGCGGACAGGGUGCAGUCCUCACCCGGAGUGAUCCCACCCUCGUUUUUGUCUAUCUGAUGGUUUUUGCCGUUUCCACCAUUUGCUUCAGCUUCAUGAUCAGCAGCUUCUUCUCCAGAGCGAACAUUGCAGCUGCAGCCGGUGGCUUCCUGUAUUUCUUCUCCUACAUUCCAUAUUUCUUCAUCUCUCCUCGCUAUGACAUAAUAACGCACAGUGAGAAGCUGGCGUCUUGCCUUAUUUCCAACGUUGGCAUGGCCAUGGGGGCUCAGCUCAUCGGGAUGUUUGAAGGCAAAGGGACUGGAGCUCAGUGGACUAAUCUGUUCACUCCAGUCAGCGUGGAUGAUAACUUCACCCUGGGACAGGUCUUGGAGAUGCUUCUGUUCGAUAGUUUUCUUUACUUCCUCGUUGGGUGGUACGUGGAGGCCGUCAUGCCAGGCGACUAUGGAGUACCUCAACCAUGGUAUUUCUUCAUUCUGCCGUCUUAUUGGUGCGGGACACCCAGGGUGGCAGAGGGUAUAGAAAAGGAGGACGAGGAGGACCCAGAAAAGGUCUUGAAAGGAGAAUAUCUGGAAGAGGACCCUUCUGAUCUGGUGCCAGGGGUCCGUUUAAAGCAUUUAACAAAGGCAUUCCGUGUGAACGGUAAGAAGCGCGCUGCAGUGCGGGACCUCACGCUCAACAUGUAUGAAGGCCAAAUUACUGUGUUGCUGGGACACAACGGGGCCGGAAAGAGCACAACCCUCUCCAUGCUGACAGGGCUUUUCCCACCAUCAUCCGGGGAAUGUUACAUCGGGGGCUUGGAGAUCACUCGGGACAUGGCUCUUAUCCGACGCAGCCUGGGACUAUGCCCCCAACACGACGUCCUGUUCCACGGUCUCACUGUUGAGGAACAUCUUUUUUUCUAUGCAGGGUUGAAGGGAUGCCCGCGCUGGAAAUGCCCAGAAGAGGUUGAAAAUAUCCUUCAAAUGCUAAGGCUGGAGGAGAAGCGCCAUGCCCUGAGUAACCAGCUGUCGGGGGGCACCUGCCGCAAGCUGUCCAUUGGGAUUGCCCUGAUUGCAGGGUCAAAGGUUGUGAUGUUGGAUGAACCAACCUCAGGGAUGGACCCGGCAUCUCGCAGGGACACGUGGGAGCUUCUACAGCGUCACAAACAAGACCGUACCCUCCUGCUCACCACUCACUUUAUGGACGAGGCUGAUCUGCUGGGUGAUCGGAUUGCCAUCAUGGCUCAGGGACAGCUGCAGUGCUGCGGGUCCUCGCUUUUCCUGAAAAGCAAAUACGGUGCCGGCUAUCACAUGGUGAUGGUGAAGGAGCCACACUGCCAGGUGGAAGAGAUUACUGAGCUUGUUACCAGUUACGUACCUAAUGCCACCUUGGAGAGCAACGCAGGAGCUGAACUGUCUUACAUCUUACCCAAGGAAAGCACCCACAGGUUUGAGCCGCUUUUCUCGGAGCUGGAGCUGCGCAGGCGGGAGUUGGGGAUUUCAAGUUAUGGGGCAUCUGUUACCACCAUGGAGGAGGUGUUCUUACGGGUGGGAAAACUGGUGGACACCAGUCUGGACAUUCAGGCUAUCCAGCUGCCCCCUCUCCAGUACCAGCAUGAGCGGCGCGCCAACGACUGGAGAGCAGAAGAAUCCUGUUCCAUGAGCGACUGUACGGAAGACAGCGGGACGCUUAUCACCGAGGACUGCUCCAACAUUAAACUCAAUGCCGGGUGCUCUAUGUGGUGCCAGCAGUUCUAUGCCCUCUUUGUGAAGCGUGCCACGUACAGCUGGCGGAACUGGAAGAUGGUUGUGGGACAGUUCUUGGUGCCCCUUGUUUUCACCGCGUUGGCGCUGGUGGUGGGGAAGACUUUUCCUGGCCCGCAGGACUCUCCAGCACUUGAGCUCAGCCUCGCUCCCUACGGACGCACCGUGGUGCCAUACACUCUGCCCCCCAACGCAUCCGCUUUGAUACAGAGCUUGGCUCAGAGUUUCAGAGAUCAGUUUGACGGACAGCUGACUGAACCACAAGAAGUUCUAGGCGACACCAUUGAUGAGUACCUUCUCGCCAAGGCCUCCGACGAAGGGGCGCUGUUUGCUGAACACUGCCUUUGUGCCGCUGAUAUUCAGAGCGUCGGCCCGCGUAUCAAACUCACCGCGCUCUUCAAUAAUCAGGCCUUUCAUGCCGUUGCUGCCGCGCUUGCCCUGGCAGACAAUGCUCUUUUCAAGUUAAUUGCCGGACCUGAAGCUUCCAUCUCUGUCACCAAUUACCCCCAACCACGAAACACUACAGAGACCGCGCAGGACCAGCUUCAGCAGGGACAGACCGGCUUUGCCAUUGCCAUUAACCUGCUGUACGGGAUGGCCUCCCUGGCGAGCACCUUUUCCAUUUUGUUGGUCGGAGAGAGGGCAGUGAAAUCGAAGCACGUGCAGUUUGUGAGCGGAGCGUCGUCUUUCAGCUACUGGCUGUCGGCCCUGACCUGGGAUAUGCUUAAUUUCCUAAUCCCAUGCGUAUUCAUGCUGGUGGUGUUCCAGGCCUUUGAAGUUAAAGCGUACACCGAUGACCGUCACUUGGUAGAUGUCAUGCUGAUGUUGCUCUUGUAUGGCUGGGCCGUCAUCCCUCUGAUGUACUUGUUCAGCUUUCUCUUCACCUCCACCGCCACGGCUUAUACCCGUUUGACCAUCUUCAACAUCCUAUCUGGCACUGCCAGUUUCCUGUCGGUGACCAUCAUGAGCAUUCCAGCCCUUGGCCUGGUGGAUCUGUCGCACACCUUGGAUCUUGUCUUCUUGGUGCUGCCCAAUUACUGUCUGGGAAGAUCAUUCAGCGACUUCUAUGAAAACUAUCACUUCAUUAAGUUCUGCACUGAAUCUCUUACCACCGAGUUCAUCUGUAAAGCGAUGAAUAUCAGCUAUCAGAAAAAUUAUUACUCUUGGUCCCCACCUGGGGUGGGUCGAUAUCUUACCGCCAUGGCUGUUCAAGGUUUGGCCUUCCUCUGCUUCCUCUUCAUCAUCGAAAGCCAAGUGCUCUGUCGCCUGUACAACGUGUUCUGCAAGUUCAAACGCCAUCAUUGGCUGGCACUGCCAGAACCCCCUGUUACUCCUCCAGAAGAUCGGGAUGUAGCAGAUGAGAGGAAGAAGGUUUUGGAGUCUCCGGUGGAACAGCUUGCCACUCUUGGAAGUCCUCUGGUCAUCAGAGAACUCAGCAAGGUGUACGGACGCCGCAGCCUGGUUCUUGCAGUCGACCGGAUAUCUCUAGCUGUUAAUAAGGGAGAGUGCUUUGGACUUCUGGGGUUUAAUGGGGCAGGGAAGACCACCACGUUCCGUAUGCUGACCGGAGAUGAGACGGUCAGCUCUGGAGAUGCUUACAUCGAUGGCCACAGCAUUCUCCAUAGCAUCAAAAAGGUUCAGAAGCGUAUCGGCUACUGUCCGCAGUUUGACCCCUUAUUAGACCACAUGACUGGACGGGAGACUCUGUGCAUGUAUGCUCGGCUGCGCGGCGUCCCUGAGGGAUACAUUGUCAGUUGCGUGGAGAACAUGCUCCGUGGACUGCUUCUUGAAGCCCAUGCCAAUAAAUUGGUGCGGAAUUACAGCGGUGGGAACAAGAGGAAGCUCAGCGCUGGAAUAGCCUUGAUUGGAGGUCCACCAGUCAUUUUCAUGGAUGAACCUUCAACGGGAAUGGACCCUGUAGCCCGUAGGCUGUUGUGGGAUGCAGUUACAAGAACACGGGAGAAUGGAAAGGCUGUGAUCAUCACCUCGCACAGCAUGGAGGAGUGUGAAGCCCUUUGCACCCGUCUUGCCAUCAUGGUGAACGGACAGCUCAAGUGCCUUGGCAGCCCUCAACACCUUAAAGGGAAAUUUGGCAGCGGAUAUACUUUACUAGCCAAGACUUUGAAAGGGGGCGAGGAUCUAUCUGCUUUCAAGGAGUUCGUUGAUACAAUCUUCCCAGGCAGCGUGCUGAAACAUGAACACCAGGGCAUGGUGCAUUACCAUAUCACCAGCCAGGAGCUGAGCUGGGCGCAGGUGUUUGGGACUUUAGAAAAGGCCAAGGAGAAAUUUAACCUUGAGGAUUACUGCGUGAGCCAGAUCUCCUUGGAACAAGUCUUCCUGAGUUUCAGCCAUUUUCAGCAGCCGCCGGAAGUAUAAAUGAUUCCUCUCUCGCAGUGCGACUGUGAACCACGAGGGGCUGCGCAUGUUGGCCUGGGAAAAAAAACUGCACUGACGUAGAGGCCGAUCUCUGUCCAGGCCUGAUGCAGACGCUGUUGGCUCUGUGUCUGCCCUGAGGUCCCUCCUAUUUUGUGUAUCCGUCCAUGGUUGUCCCGUCCUUUAUGUCCGUCCAUGAGUUGUGCUCUCCCCGGGGCUGUCUCUUCUUCAGAAUGCCUCUCCGUGGCAGGGAAAGGUAACCUUUGAACCGUUUAGCUAUUGCUGAACUACAACUCCCAUGAUUAUGCAGCAGCGGCAAUCUAGGAAGCGAGGCAUGGAGGUGCUUGGCCAUUCGGCCGUUCUGAUUUUAAGUAUUGGGCCAUAUUUUUUAUUUGCAGUCGCAGGUAUGACCACUGUGUGUUCCUGGAAUAAGAAGGAACUGUGUUUUUAGGCAGCAUUUUUAACCUGCCUGAAUCCUUUCUGUGCUCCACAGUUCCAGUUUUGGUUCUAAUUUGUU